CAUAUAAGGACUAAGGAGUAUAUUGUUUUAAGUUAAGCUGCCUUUUCUCCAUAUAUUAAAUACCUUUGUUGAAAAACAUUUGUUUCACAGAAGCAGUUGAAUAUUGCUGAUUUUGGGAGAGUUUAUAUUGACAAUCAGAAAUGGAUGCUUCUGACAUUAACAGAAGCUUGGUAAGUGAACUCGAAGCAAUGGGAUUUUCAGAGGCUCAAGCCACCAAGGCUCUUUGUUCAUCUGGUAACUCAAGCCUUGAGGCUGCAGUAAAUUGGAUUGUUGAUCAUGAGGAUGAGACAUACAAUGAUGAGAUGCCCAUGGUUUCAGUCGACAUUAUUGAAACUCCUACUCCUACUUUUGAUUCGGAACAAGCAAAGUUGAAAGCACAAGAGCUGAGGGACCGAGCACGCAAGAGGAGAGAAGAGGAAGAGAAAAAACUGGACAAGGAAAGGGAGAAGGAAAGGAUACGUGCAGGCAAAGAAUGGCUUGCAACAAAACGAAUGGCAGAGGAAAAUGAGAGGAAGCGUUUUGAAGCACAGAGGAAGACCGAAAAAGAGGAGGAGAGAAGGGCAAGGGAAAGAAUUCGUCAAAAGCUUCAGCAGGACAUGGCAGACAGGAGGGCUAGACUUGGUUCGUCUUUGAAUAGCGGUACAUCUUUAAAAUCCAUUAAAACCUCGAAGCCAGAGACAAAGAAUCCUUUGAAAGUUGAUUCUGCCGUGUUAUCUGGUAACUUAAUUACGAAGAAAGAGGUUUUGAUGGAAUGCUUAAGAUCUCUCAGGCGUCAGCACAAGGAGGAGGAUAUGAAAGUGCAACGGGCCUUCAAAACUCUGUUAGUUUAUGUGAGAAACAUCGUUAGCAAUCCUGAUGAUGGAAAGUUCAGGAAGAUCCGGCUUAGUAAUCCAGCUUUCCAGAUGAAAGAUUUUGUCUAUAGCAAGUCGGCUUCUAACAAAAUGUAA